AUGACUGAAUCUGCCUCUAGCACAAGUGGUCAAGAAUUUGACGUAUUCAGUGUUAUGGACUGGAAAGAUGGAGUAGGUACAUUGCCAGGAAGUGACUUAAAGUUUCGAGUAAAUGAAUUUGGAGCCCUGGAAGUUAUAACAGAUGAGAGUGAGAUGGAAAGUGUUAAAAAGGCAACAGCUACCACAACUUGGAUGGUGCCAACUGCUCAAGAAGCCCCGACCUCUCCCCCGAGCUCCAGGCCCGUAUUUCCACCUGCCUACUGGACAUCUCCACCCGGAUGUCCCACAGUUUUUUCAGAGAAGUCUGGGAUGCCCUUCAGGUUGAAGGAGCCAGUAAAAGUAGAAGGGCUUUCCUUCUGUGAGAACUGUUGUCAGUAUGGCAAUGUAGAUGAAUGUCUUUCUGGAGGAAACUAUUGCAGCCAGAAUUGUACUCGGCAUAUCAAAGACAACAGAGAUCAGAAGGAGGAAAGGGACCUCGGAGAAGACAAUGAGGAGGAAGACCCUAAGUGCAGUCGGAAGAAGAAACCGAAGCUUUCUCUGAAAGCAGAUUCCAAGGAGGAUGCAGAAGAGAGAGAUGAUGAAAUGGAGAACAAACAAGAUGGGAGAAUCCUGAGGGCUUCACAGAGAGCCCGAAGGAAAAGACGCGCGGAUUCAGCUGUGUUAAAGCAGGGUUUGCCUCCCAAAGGAAAGAAGGCCUGGUGCUGGGCAUCCUACCUGGAAGAGGAGAAGGCCGUGGCCGUGCCAACGAAGCUGUUCAAGGAGUAUCAAUCCUUUCCAUAUAACAAAAAUGGGUUUAAAGUUGGCAUGAAAUUAGAAGGCGUGGACCCUGAGCACCAGUCCGUGUACUGCGUCCUCACAGUGGCUGAGGUUUGUGGAUACCGGAUAAAGCUGCACUUUGACGGGUAUCCUGAUUGCUAUGACUUCUGGGUUAAUGCAGACGCUCUGGAUAUUCACCCAGUUGGGUGGUGUGAGAAAACUGGCCAUAAACUGCACCCUCCCAAAGGUUAUAAAGAAGAAGAAUUUAAUUGGCAGAUUUACCUGAAGACAUGUAAAGCUCAGGCUGCUCCUAAGUCAUUAUUUGAGAAUCAGAAUAUAACCGUGAUCCCAUCAGGCUUCCGAGUUGGAAUGAAGCUUGAAGCUGUAGACAAAAAGAACCCUGCAUUUAUCUGUGUUGCUACGGUAACAGAUAUGGUGGACAAUCGUUUCCUGGUACAUUUUGACAACUGGGAUGAGAGCUAUGACUAUUGGUGUGAAGCAUCCAGCCCACACAUCCAUCCCGUUGGUUGGUGUAAGGAACAUAGAAGAGCCCUUAUCACUCCUCCAGGUUAUUCAAAUGUGAAACACUUUUCUUGGGAUAAAUAUUUAGAAGAAACCAAUUCUUUACCUGCUCCUGCAAGAGCUUUCAAAGUGAAACCUCCACAUGGAUUCCAGAAAAAAAUGAAGCUGGAGGUCAUAGACAAAAGGAAUCCCAUGUUCAUUAGAGUCGCCACAGUUGCAGACACAGAUGAUCACCGAAUAAAAGUUCACUUUGAUGGCUGGAAUAGUUGCUAUGAUUACUGGAUAGAUGCAGAUUCUCCUGAUAUUCACCCCGUGGGCUGGUGUUCAAAAACCGGGCAUCCUCUUCAGCCUCCUUUGAAUCCCUUAGAGUUAAUGGAAGCUUCAGAACAAGGUGGAUGCUCAACCCCAGGAUGUAAAGGGAUUGGUCAUUUUAAGAAAGCGAGACAUCUGGGCCCGCAGAGUGCUGCCAACUGUCCCUAUUCAGAAAUCAAUUUAAACAAAGACCGCAUCUUUCCAGAUCGCUUAAGUGGGGAGAUGCCUCCGGCUAGUCCAUCAUUUCCGAGAAAUAAAAGGACAGACACAAAUGAAAUCUCCUCAUCUCCUGAAAUCAGAGAUCAGCAUGCUGAUGUCAGAGAAGAAUUCGAAGAGAGAACAGAAAGUGAAGUAAGGCCGUCACACGAAGCCAGAGGUGCCCGAGAAGAACCCAGUGUACCGCAGGCACAGCGUCGGUCGGCUGUCUUUCUCUCCUUUAAGUCCCCAAUCCCAUGUCUGCCCUUGCGCUGGGAGCAGCAAAGCAAGCUUCUGCCAACUGUGGCCGGAAUCCCUGCCAGUAAAGUUUCCAAGUGGAGCACAGAUGAGGUAUCAGAAUUCAUACAGAGCUUACCUGGGUGUGAAGAGCAUGGAAAGGUAUUUAAAGAUGAACAAAUUGAUGGAGAAGCAUUUCUGCUUAUGACACAAACAGACAUUGUUAAAAUCAUGAGCAUUAAGCUGGGCCCGGCUCUCAAAAUUUUCAAUUCUAUCCUGAUGUUCAAAGCUGCAGAGAAGAACUCUCACAAUGAACUUUGA